GGUAUUCAAGGUGAAAACGUACAUCAGGUACGAAAAUGUUGUUUGAGAAGCCUGUUUAACAUGAAAAGCCAGUUAUUUUCAGAUGAAGAAUUGUAUUCACGAUCAAGAAUCGCGACACAUGCUAUUUCCUCCAUUCCGGCCGGCCUAUAACUCCUUUUCAUCUUAUACGUGCGUAUGAGGGGCAAUAUCAAGUACCGUUUGAACCCUUUCUGUCCCAGUCCAUUAUUUCAAGACUCCUUGGAUCUCAUACCUCUCGGCUGAACCGUAACCGAUCUGACCUCCAUGGCUGAGAGAAGUCCGGAUGACUUACCAAAUGUCAAAGAUGGACUUCAGGCAUCAGGAGACAAAAGGGUCAGGAAGAAAGCUUCUCGACCAAAAGCUCGAACAGGUUGCUUCACUUGUAGAAUCAAAUGCGAUGAGUCUAAGCCAGCUUGCAAGAGAUGCCUCAAGUACGGGACGACUUGUGCUUACCCGCCUCCGGCCGGCCAGAAGGCAUCCCAUCAAGAACCUUUGAGCAUUGCCCCUCUAAAGUCUCAGUCAUCUACCUCGCCUCUUCCAUCAAUCCUCAAAACCCGUUACAAGAACGAGCGAGAGUAUCGAUGCUUCCAACUGUUUCGCGAAAGGACGAUGUUAGACCUUGUUGGGUCCGAUGACUCGAAUGUGUGGAGCAAGACAGUUUUGCAAGCCUGCGAGCAUGAAGACGCAUUUCGGCACGCUGUCAUAGCCAUUGGUGGUCUUGAUCGAGCCCUCGAGAUCUCCCAGGCAAGUGGCAAGCAAUGCCCUGUCGGCCGGACUAGUAUCGACGACGAGUCCCUUGCCAAUCAUUACCAUUUUGCACUUCAACAGUACGACGAUUUCAUAGUCCAAAUGCGCCGACGACUGCCAGAAAGCUCUCACGAUCUUAGAAGAGCUCUGAUAUCGUGUAUGUUGGUCGUUUGCGUCGAACUUUAUCAGGGCAAUCAAUGUGUGGCUCUGACCCAUGCUUCAACUGGUUUGAACAUGAUUAAAAGUACCUUGGGGGAGCUUGGUACAAUGGAGAACUCUUGGGGCAUAGAAACAGAUCUUAUCCGAAUGUUUUUACGGCUGGAUCAAAUAUCUUUGGCUUCUGCUCUUCCAUCUUUGACAAGGACCUAUGUUAAUAUGGAGACACAUUUCCACGGGAUGGUUGACGAUAAUAUUCCUGCGGAGUUCACGUCUUGCAAAGAAGCCCGCUCGUUCUGGAUGGUCACUGUGAGACGUAUAUCCCGUGCAACCAUCGUUCCGCGCACACAAAAGAGUCCAAAUGAUGAGCGUCUCUAUCCAGACGCAAGCGUAGGCUACCUCCGGCAAUGGUCUGGAGCCUUUCAACCACUGCUCAAUGCUUCGAGAGAAGAAAGUGGGAAAACUUUCCGCUCGAAAGCAGCAUUCCUUCAAUUGAGGCACAACACUACGCUUCUCGCCUUGGUAGGAUCACAUUCUGAUUCAGAGCUCGUUUACGACAAUUUCGUAUCUCUGUUUCAAGAGACCCUCUGUCUUGCUCGCGAUGUCCUUGACGAGCCUCAUGGGGGGUUGUCCGGACGGCGACCGAUAUUCACCUUCGAUAUCGGGGUUAUUAGUUCACUAUGGGCUGUUGCAACUAGAUGCAGAGACAGUGACAUGAGAUGGACAGCGGUCUCGUUGCUGCUCCAACACCCGAGACGGGAAGGUGUGUGGGACAGUGCAAUGAUCGCAGCAUUUGCGUCAGUAUUGAUUCGAAUCGAGGAAACCGGCCUAGAGAAUGGAUCUAUCCCCGAAAGCGCACGCAUCCAAGGAGAGUCGUUCUCAUUCGAUCUGGUCCAAAAGAAGGGUCAACUCAUUUACUCCCGUUUGCCUGAAGGAUCGAAACUCGGAUCAAAACGUGCCGUCGAGGCCGUGGAUGUAUCGUGGUAGAUGUACAUCGGAUGUAUCAGCCCAGUAUCAAGAAUUAAAGCCGGUACUCGACAUAGACGCUUCUCUAGAAUCCGAUCAGACCUGCGCAGUUUCGUGGGACUUCAAAGCAUCUUCCGAAAGGGCACUUAGCUGUCUUACUGAACCAACCCCCAUCUCUGAGAUUACGUCCACUCCCAAUGAUCAGCCCUAGUCGAAGAAAAGUGGAAGGCGGGCGUACAAGAAGUGCGUUGUGGGGUGAGCGCGACUCGGAGCUGGAAAUUACCACGGCAUGGCUUUAGUCACCUCGCUGGGUUAUCUAGUCUUGUGAGAAGCAGAUCGAGA